AUGGCUCCUCCUGAUGGAGCUCCCGUCACGAAUGCUCCCGGUGCUGGCGUCCAUGGAAAGAAGCCUCUGUAUGCACGUCCCGAGCUAGUCACUCCGAAGACGCUGUUUAACGGCACGACGACAACCCUUGGCGCGAAAGAGAUCAAUGUUCUGUCGGCUCGUACGUCGGAUCUGCGCAUUGAUGACAAGCCGGAGGCGAACAAGGAGGCGAUCAACGUCAAGCCGGCGAGUAUGAGUGGUGCAUCAUCUCUGUCGGUUGCGCUGGACAAGGGGAAGGCCAAGGUGCUGGAGCCAGAAGAUGACGGUGGUUACCUGAGUGACGACCCCGACGAAUGCCAGGAUCACGUGGUGCUCAACGAGAUAGCGGCUCAGGCGGGUUUCGCAAUCACGCUGCUGGUCCCUUUCGCUUGGAGCAACGAGAUUCCGCACAUCAUCAGUACUGUCAAGCACCUGCUGCUGCUGUGGGGAAAGCACCUGUCGGAGAAUGUCAAGGAGACAACGAGUUGUCAGCAACUUACGGCCACCUUUCUCUCCAAGAAGCAUUUCGGUCGCAUCGAAGUGGUGUUCCUGCUGGAAGCGGAUGCAAAGUUCAUGCAGAGCAGGGAGAUCGAGCAUUAUACGGUGAAUGAGAAGAAGCUGACGUUUGGGUGGUUGCACCCGGAGAACAAGGAGUACCUGAGGGAACGUGCGGCUCACCCGGAGGCAAUUGAAGUGCUGCUCAAGGGGGUUCCGGCGGUAAUCUCACCGGCGAUGAUCAGGAAGAACUUGGUGAAGGCGCUCCUGCUUAAGCGCGGCCACACGGCCUUCCUGGAUGGCUCAGCUUUCCAUCGUGUACUGGAUCCGGUCUCGGAUCCUGCUCUUACUUUGCUUUUCAUAUGGCUGCAGCAGCGGCCCUCCAUGCUCAUCUCUGUACCGCCUUUCCCCCGAGCAGCUGCUUCCUUGAAGCUCUCACUGGCAAUGAAGAUCCUGAUGUUGGACCCAGCGAUUGAUUUUACCUCAACCAGGAGUGUUCGGGAGGAGUGGUUGUGCGCCCAGGAGGACUGCGCGAAGGCCCACGUUACCAGUUUUGAGAAAGCGGUGGAGCAUGUGCAUUCAGUCCGUCACGGCACCGGUCUGCUCAAGGCAGGUGCAGCAACGCGCAUGAGCAAAGGGAAGCAGAGCCUGGCGAACGUCCGGAAGGAGUUCGGCAUGUAA